CAUUUUCCAGUUUCCCACAAGCCACAUACAUCAACGAUGGCGUCUCGCACACUCGCAACCAGCAGUCGCCGCCACCUCCACCUCAAAUACUCGGACGAAUGCGUCAAGGCCCGCACCGAGAAGGUCCUUAAGAGCAUGCUCUCACAGCUCAAUCAGCUCGACGCUGACACGACCAACGCCCAGCUGCUACAAAAGGCACUGCGCUACCGCAACCGAACACGCGAGCUGCAAACCAACGACGGCUGUGACAUCGGCGCUCGCUUUGGCAUCUCGUGGCACAAGGUGGCCACAAAAGCCUAGCUCGCUGAUAGUAAAAUAUUCUAAUUUAUGCAAUCGCAACCUCUAGCUGCA